AUGACCUCCAAGGUCCCUCCCAAGCCCGGUUAUCUGUUUAAGUGGCCUUGGCGGGUGGGUGCAAUGAAGUCCCCACACCCCAAGCACCGGGACUCCAGCUCCCAUCCCCCGCGGCCCUUUAAAGCCGAGCGAGCCAAGGCGGCGGCGGCGGCGGCGUCGUUUCGCCUCACCCGGCGGCCGCUCGGGGCCCGCCCCGCCUGUAACCGCCCGGGCGAAGACGACGGGGCGGUCCGGAUGCUGAGCAACCGCUCCCUUCGCUCCCUCCGGCUGCCCGGCGAAGGCGAGGCCGAGGCGGCGGGGGUGAGGCUCCGGGCCGUCCGCAGCCGCAGCCCCGAGGUCCGGGAGGAACCGCCGCCGGCCCCGCCGACGUCGUGGGAGGAGGCGGAGGAAGGCGCCGUCUACACGGUCAGCGCGCGGGGCGCCGGCGGUGAGGUAAAUGAGGCGGCCGGCCCCGGAGCCGCCGCCGCCGCCGCCGCAUCCUCCUCCUCGCAGUCCCGGGCGCUGAAGGCCGGCUCGCUGCCCCGCCUGGUGCGGCACCUGCUGGACGCUCCGGCUCUCGGCGACGCGGGCUACAGGCCGGCCUUCCUGGCCACCUAUCGCGGCUUCGCCCGGCCGGCCGUCGUGCUGGGGUUGCUCCUGGAGAGGCUCCAGGCAGUGACCGGCUCCAAUGCUCGCAACCCCCCAAAGACGGAGGACCUGCAGCGAGCCCUGGCCUCGCUCCUCUGCUCCUGGCUGGACGGCUACCCCCAGGACUUCCUGGGGCUGGAGCCCCACCUGCGCGAACAGCUGGUCAGCUGGCUGCACUGGGCCUGCGGAAGCAGCCCGGGGCUUGAGAAGAGCCUGCCGGACGCCCCCAGCAGCCGAGGCCCGCCGGCGGUUGAGCACGGACAAGAGGACAGUCCCGGCCAAGACGGAGACCCCGAUCCCCACUACAUCCUGGGGCUGCAGGCGGAGGAGGUGGCCGCCCACCUCACGGCGCAGGACGGGGACCUCUUCCUCCGCCUAGUGCCCCACGAGUGCCUCGGCUCUGCCUGGUCUCAGCGGGACAAGAAGGGCCACGAGGAAGACUGCCCCACCGUCCGGGCCACCGUGACUCAGUUUAACCUCGUGGCCAACGCCGUCAUGUUUUCCUGCCUGUGGGACACGGGGCUACGUGCCGCCCAGCGGGCCCGGCUUUUGGAGAAGUGGAUCUGCGUGGCUGAGGAGUGUCUCCUCCACCGCAACUUCUCCUCGCUCUAUGCCGUGGUCUCCGCCCUGCAGUCCACGUCUUUGCACCGGCUGAAGCGGACCUGGGAGGAGACUUCCAG